CGACCGUGUCGUUUUUCAAACGUUGAUAUGCGGGAGCAGGGUUAGCGCUUUCUAUCUUAGGUUAAGACCAUUUUAUAUUUUUAAAUCCAAUCGGAAGGGUCCUAAUAGUUUUUUUUUUGCUGUGUUUUAGGAUUGAGUUUCAUAAAGCUUUUAAAUGGAGUCUCGUUUUGCCCAUCUUCGAGAGCGGGACACCAGCGUGUCAAUGAUGCGUGUGAGAAGGUCACGGAGAAUGUCGCAGACCCAAAAAGAGAAUCGAGACCGCACUGUGAAUCAACGUAGGCAGCUAGACCAGAUCUCAGAGCAGGACAUCUCUUGUCUGGAUGUCAACGUGACUCUAUCGUCUCAUCAGGACAAAACGAACUUGGAUACAAAAUCUUCUAAAAACAAAGCAGUUGCAGAGCGAGCCAAACAGCUGGAGCGCUGGAGGGAACGUAAAGCUCUUGAGAAGGAGAAAGAAAAGAGGGAGAAGGAGCGGAAAGGGAUAUUUAAGACUGGUGUCUAUCACCCAAAAAACACUCAGAUCAUUAUAUCUGUACCAGCCUUGUCAGUCAAAACUAAAGAGACACGACUGAAUGUUGAUCCGGCACCAAGUGGCAGAGUGACACGAUCUAUGAAGCAACAGCAAGUGCAAAAACCGCUAAAGCUGCAACACCCAAACCAAGCAGGAAACAAAGAAGCUGAGAAAUCCACGAGAACUCGAACUGCUGUACAGACCAAAAACAAAGCUGUGGCUGAACCUGCUCGAGUUUUGUCAAUUAGAUCUGUCAACAAACCUGCUGCUGCAGCCACCCCUGCUGUGAAAAACAAACCGACCAACCAACCUACAGUUGGGAGAUCAACCAGAAGCAGAGCUGCUGCCAAUUCUGUGGUGACAACAUCUGGAAGAGCCAUGACAAAUGCCUCUGUUUUAGACGAAGUUGAUGUCAAACCAACUCGGUCAAAUGAAACUGGUUCUCACAGGCUUGAAGAGCAGCCCUGCCCUUCUGCUUCUAAAUGCGGUUCUGAUGAGGAUAAUAUGCCGGUGGACGUUGCUUCAGCAGCCCCUGAAUCAGCACAGGUUCCCUCCUCAUUUGCUCCUGAAGGAUUUGUAUUUGAAGCUCCGACAGGCUUGUCAGCCUUCAAGUUCGAGCCCAUGUCUCUUCAAUCAGAGGAUGCAUUCCUGAUUCCAAGGUGUGAAGCCCUCCUGGAAACAGAAGCACAAGGCUGGGAUGAAGAACAUCAGUCAUCAACGCAACAGAAAAACAUUAAGGAGAAGGAUAGAGAGGAUGUUGAGGAGCAUCACUGCCCUCCAUCUACAGAAUGCCCUUCUGAUGUGGGGAACAUGUUGGUGGACAAUGCUGAAGCGGAACCUACCCAGGAUCCAGGAUUUGCUCCUGAUGGACUUGAUGUGGAGCGCCCCCCAUCUCCACCAGCAGAGGCAUUUCAAACACCAAGCCAUGAGCUUACCACUCCCAUAGCGUUGGAAGCUGAGCCACAAGGGGAGUCAAAUGGAGCUACUCAUCAAACAUCUUCCACAACUGAGCCCACUCCAGAGAGUCCACUGGAAUCAAAGCAUGAUGUUCCAUACUUUCGGUCUGAAAUCUCCAACGAGACGGAGCGGCUGACAGCUUUGAGCGCUCACUGGGAGCUGAAAGUCGGAGACGAGUCUAUACCUGAAGAAAUGCGCGAUCGCAUGCGAACAGCUGUGGGUCAGGCACGGCUGCUUAUGAAGGAGAGAUUCAACCAGUUCAGUGGUCUCGUGGAUGACUGUGAGCUGCAGCGUGGUGAGAAGAUCACCACCUGCACUGACCUGCAGGGGUUCUGGGACAUGGUUUACUUUCAGGUUGAAGAUGUCAACAAGAAGUUUGUGGCCCUAAAAGAAGCAGAAGCACGAGUGCCACCACCUCGGCAGAGAAAAGUAGUGAAGAAACCUGCCACCGCCCCUCCCAAAGCAGCCGGGACCAAAGCAGCCGCCAGAUCUCGCCUGGCUGCCGUGAAAGCAGCUAUGAAGGCCAGACAGCUGGCAGCUGAAGCAGAGAAGAUGAUGGGUUCUUCUGGUAAUACAGAGAGUGAGUUCACCAUGAGCUGCGAGGAAGCACGACCUGCCGAGAGUCCAGCCAAAGCCUCAGGUUCUGUGCGGAGAUCCAGCCGACUGAGUGCUGUUGCACCACCCCAAGACUCUCCAUGCCCCAACUUUCUCACCCCGAGAAGAGUGACUCGACACUCACAUGCUUUGAUGCAAACCCAAGAGUCUCCUGCCCAGUCUUUCCUCUCACCAACACAGCCGCGACUUGUCCUCAACAUAACCCCAAGUCGAGCCGCCAGGUCCCAGUGUGGUACCCCUCAACGCAAAGCAAAUUUAAGUGUGAACACGGCCACUUGUAGCUCUCCUCUCAGAGCCGCACCGUCAGACAACAAUGAAAAGCAGCCCGAGACCGCGAUCUCAGAGGAGAACGAGGUGCUGCUUCCUGAAGUGGACACUGGUGCACCCCUUCAUCCCUCCAGUUCUGCAGUGGAGGAGGAAAAUAAGGCCACCAACACCGACCUUUGUCUUUCAACUCCCAAGGCCUCUCUGGCUGUGGGCUGCUGUCCUCCUGCUGUGCACGAAUCAACAGAUUGUCAGACGCCAGACCUCUCAGUUGUUGAGGACGCCCCUGGGCUGGACUUUGAGCGUUAUCUGCUGCCUACAAACAGAUGCAGCAUGUCUCCUAGGGAUGCCAUUUUGAAUGCCUCACCUUUGAAUCUUGAUGUGGAAAUGGAAAGUCCAAGAUGUCAGACAGAAGGCCAACAGGAAGCAGUAGCAGAAGAAUCAGUGCUGCCCUCUGUGUUGCCUCUGCAGUCACCUCUGCCACAGGGUCAGUCAGCAGAGAAUUGCCUGCUUCUCUUUACCCCAAACUUGAGGGACAGGAUACGAGAGUCGGUCUGUCCCAGUGACCUGAUGGUCUUCACCCCUCCUCUCUGAAAAUUGUACAUAUUUUUCUGUCUUUGUUUCAUAGUUGAAGAUUGUAUUCAUUUUUUUAACUGCUGUAUUAAAAUAGCAAAAACAGUAACAUCUCUGCACGCAGCUCAAUUACAGCUUGGAUUAGACAUAAAAAUAUUGAUAAGAAAUUGGUGUCAUUAUCAUUCCCAGUAUUUUAUCAUUUGAUUACAUUUUGUGGUGUUUUUAUAUAUGCCUGAAAAAAUUACCAAAUUUGUACUUUUAUACAAAUAAAAUACAUUUAAAACACGGCAUCCUUAACUGAGAUGAUGAUUUUAAUGAACAUAUAUAAUCAAUAAAAAUAGAAAUUGAACAUGAAAUGUCUAGGACGGCGAGAAACAAGAGGUUCUGAUCUUUAAAUGGA